CGGGCUGUUGAGCGGUUGUCGACGAACUCUGACCUCGUGGCCGACGGGUCACGUGAUAACGCUCUGCCGACAAUUGCGGGCAAACAUAAAGACCUCAAGGCCAUUGCAUCUGAAACGAUGACAGCGGUACUAAACGGCGAGUACGACCACCAUAUUGAUCACAUGACCGUCAUAGACUGCAGAUACCCGUACGAGUUCGAUGGAGGCCACAUCCGGGGUGCCAUUAAUCUCUACACCAAAGACGCCGUCCAGAACUUUCUGAAGGAGACUGUGACGUCAUCAGAUAAGAAUCACGUGAUCGUUUUCCACUGCGAGUUCUCAUCAGAACGUGGUCCUAAGAUGUACCGCCAUCUUAGAUCACUGGACCGUGACUUAAACAAAGAUUUUUACCCGCAACUGAACUUUCCAGAGGUUUACCUCUUGGAAGGCGGAUACAAGGCGUUUUACCAGCAGUACGAGAACCAUUGCUUCCCCCAGCGGUAUGUCCCCAUGUUGCACGAGGAGCACGCAAAAGACUUACGUCACUUCCGGGUCAAGUCCAAGUCCUGGGCAGCAGGUGAUAAACCGCGUCACAGGUCACGUAUGGAUAAAACCGGGAGAACCUUCCGACUCGCUUUCUGA